GGGAAACCAAACUUUUGAUUAGUGUUGCUGGCUUGCUGCGUACAGCUUGUGACAGUACAAUGUCGUCAUAUCGAUUACCCUACAGAUAGCGGAAAUGUCAAACUCUUGCACUUCAUUGCAAUGGGCGAUAACAUAAGUUCUUCCUUGAUUAUGUGGAGAGGUAACCUCAUUACAGCGAGGCAUUACCUCACGACACGGGCAAAUAAUUCAUCAAGUAUCCAGGCAGCGUUCUGUGAAGAGCGUUGUGCGCUCUCUCGUGGAUUUUCUUGGGCAUUGUGAUCAGCUUCAACAGAACAGCGAAGCUUUCAGAGAAUGUAUGGGGGUAUUGAAUGUAGUGGCCAUUCGCCCGGCACCUGUUGCUGGCUGAUUAUUUUCAGCACCGGUCUAUUAAGGAUUUAACGAUCGCAUCCUUUCACCUCGCAUCAGGACCAUGUCGGAGGAGCAAACUGAUUCUAACUCCAGCGGGUACUAUUUUGACAAUGCCUCAAGUAGAGGCCAGAGCAGCUUCGUCUUUUCAAGACCCAUAUAUGUCAUUUUGAUGGUGAUGAUGGUAACUUUGGUUGUUGUGAUAGUUUUGGGCAACGCAUUGGUCAUACUGGCUUUUAAAGUGGACAAGAGUUUGAGAAGACAGUGCAAUUACUACUUCCUCAAUUUGGCAAUUUCAGAUUUUCUUGUAGGGGCAUUCUGCAUCCCAGUCUACAUCCCCUACAUCCUCACAGGCAGGUGGACACUGGGCCGGGGACUGUGUAAGCUGUGGCUGGUCAUGGAUUACCUGCUUUGCUCUGCAUCUGUCUUCAGCAUUGUCCUCAUCAGCUAUGACCGCUUUUUGUCAGUCACCAGAGCAGUAAGUUACCGUGCCAGACAGAGCAUGCGUCACCAAGCUAUACUCAAGAUGAUUGCUGUCUGGGUGCUAGCCUUUGUCCUGUAUGGUCCAGCUAUCAUAUUCUGGGAGCUGGCGGUGGGCAGAAGUCGCGUGCCAAAGGAUGAGUGCUUUGCAGAGUUCUAUUACUCUUGGUACUUGCUGCUGAGUGCCUCAAUGUUAGAGUUUUUUUCUCCUUUCAUCUCUGUGGCUUUCUUCAACCUCAGCAUUUACCUCAGCAUACGCAGGAGGAGGCUCCACAGCAGGGAGGCCCAUGUUUCCCUGAGAAAACCUGCCUGUGAGCAGGGGGAGGGCAUCCCCCUGUCCCACAACUGGGGGCUUGGGAUGAAAAUGGCUGUAAGAGGCUCCAUCCAAUCUCAGACCUCUUCUCCCAGUCUGGGAAAGCUUGAUCCCUCAACCAGCAGGGCUGCCCAGCCUAACCGUCUGUCCAGGGAUAAGAAAAUUGCUAAGUCCCUGGCCAUCAUAGUGUGUGUGUUUGCCAUCUGCUGGGCACCAUACACUCUACUGAUGAUCAUCCGUGCAGCCUGCAGAGGGCGGUGCAUUCAGCGCCACUGGUACGAGGUCACCUUCUGGCUCCUGUGGCUCAAUUCUGCCAUUAACCCAUUCCUGUACCCGCUUUGCCACAGUAGUUUCCGCAGGGCCUUCAACAAGAUUCUCUGUCCAAAGAGGCAAACUACUUCCCCAUCAUCUGUCCUUCGUGCUGACCAGUGACAAGCGGAUGGACGGGGUCGAACAAUAUGCCAAAGCUAUCAGUGGAGGUAUUCAAACUCUUACCCAUAAAUUCCACAGUUUAAGCCACUGAAGCUAAACUGUGCACCACUGUUUUUCAUAUAUACUAUAAUUAAUGUUUCUCACUUGUGCUUUUAGUGUUUGGAUGUACAGUAUAAGGUGGGUACUAUACAGUACAAUGUGAUUUACUGUCAAUCAGUUUAUUGUGUUCACAUCUUAAGUAUAUAUUCAACUUUCCUCUUGAGCAUGAAAAUAAUUAACCUGCAUAAAAAUCCAGAGUAUGCCAAAUUUAUAACUACAUGGUUGCAGUUUUCACAUACUGUAAAAAGACAUUUACCAGUACUGAGCUGUGUGCUUGGUAGAAGGAAAAACAAAGACAGAGUGAAACAUAACCAUAUACUUAUGUAGACUAGAUAGCUGCAAAAACAAGACCAAGAAAUGGAUUUUCAUUGACUAACUGCCACAUUUUUUGGCAUCUUCUGUGUGCACUCAGUGAUGUGACAGAUAUAAUAUAGAAAAGGAAACAGAUCUAUUACAGGAUAAAUAGCAAUUUGUUGGUUAUGUUGUCAAUCUCUUUAUAUUAAGCAGUUUGUAUCUUACCUUGUAUCUUAAACACCAUGUGGAACAUUUGUUAUAUUUAUUAUUUUGAACAUUUAUAAUCAUAAAAAAUGUUGCCCUCACUGCUGUGACAUCCUCGCUUCAGCAGAAGUAAGACCGAUCAUUAUCGCAGUUUAUGACCUGCUGUAACUGAAGCACAGUGAUGAAAACACAAAGUGCCAUUACAUGUACUGUAUGUAAAAUGAAAUGUACUACCAAAGCUCAAGAACAGGCU